CUUUCUCGCACAGAGAGAGAGAGAGAGACAGAGGGGAAGAAGAUGAAGCGGACGGUGAUGGACAACGCGAUUCGAUCAUCGGUGGUAGUGUUGGGAUCACUGGCCUUUGGUUACUUGUCACUUGAACUUGGUUACAAGCCUUUCCUUGAAAAGGCUGAACAAUACGAACGAUCUCUUCAAUCUCAAACUUCUCAACACCAACAACAAGAUGAACAAGAAGAAGCGAGGUGGGACGAUAACAACAAUUUGGAGGGGUGGGAGGAGAAAAGCUAGAUCAUAUCAGUGUUUUUUUUCUCUACGACUGGCCUAGGAAUGUGUAAGGAAGAACCUUGUCGAUGCUUGCUUCUUUAUUUUCUUGAUCUCAGAUCAACCUUAACAUCAAUCUCUAACCUUAGAAUCUUAUCUUAGUGUAGUACAAUUUGAAUCUUACUUAACGCAAGGAUUAACAACC